CAUGCCACUUUCUUAACUACAUCAGUCAAAGGCUCUUCCGAAGGAAUGGCAAGGCGUUUGAUGGUACUUGGCAGAAAUGUAGGUGAAUUACAUUGCAUCAGGAUGAUUUUUCUUUUAGGGGUUUUGACACAUACAUUACAUUUUUCAACAGCUAUGAAUUCUUCUCAAGAGUUCACAGAUGAUGAAAUACUUCAGAAAUGGAAUAAAAUUGAUAAAGGAUUGAUGGAUAUGAUGGCAUCUCUUGUGAAGAAUGCCAUGCCUUAUCUAAUUCGCUAUUCCAGGGAGCUGAAUUUGACAUCCAAAUGCGUGAAUGAUGGAAUGCAGCUUAUGAUAGGGCUCCGGAAAGCUCAACCAUGGGCUGUUAAAUUUUUAGAUGCAAGCGGUAAGGCGAUCAAUGGAUUGCUUUCUGGAAAUAUGGUCUCUUUUGGUAUGUAUGAUGAAUGCAUAGAUAACGUGGAAAAAGACAGAUAUGGAAAGGAAAUUAUUAAAGGGCAAUAUUGUACUGCCCAUUUUCGACCUCCAAUACCUCCUACAGAUAUAAACUUCAAAAUAGGAAAUAUCCCGGAUAUUUUAAAGAACAUAUCUGCAAAGAAAACGAUAAUGGGUGAUUUCGCAAAAAAAGCUUAUGGUUUCAGUUUCAUGUCAAUAAGAUUAGGUCUUUGUCUUCCGUCCAGAUGUGAACUAGAAGAUGUUAACAAAAUUGUUAAGCUAGUGGGUGACAUGAUCCAUUUUGAUGCGUUUAUUUCAAGAUGUGAAAUGAAAGAGGAAAUAAGCUUAAACAAAGUGGAAAUCUUUGCGAUUACGCUUUAUGCUCUUUUUGGAUUAUUAGUGUUUCUUGGCACAUCGUUUGACAUCUAUUGUUCCAAGAAGAAAAUAGUUUUUCAAAACACUAGCAGCAGAGUUCUUUUGGCAUUUUCCUUACCAGCUAAUUUCAAAAAAUUGAUGGAUACCAAGACCAGCUCCUUUAAUUUAUCAUGCUUGCAUGGGAUUAAAUUCUUUUCCUCUACAUGGGUUUUACUGGGCCAUAAUUACUUCGUCAUCAACUUCUAUUUAUUAGAUAAUUUGAACAAAGUGUUAGACUAUUCCAGAGAUUUCGCAUUCCAAGCAAUAGUCAAUGCUACUUAUGUAGUUGAUACUUUCUUCUGCAUUGGAGGAUUAUUGGUAUCUUACUUAUCUGUCAAGCAUGUGAUAGAAGGUGGUCAAAAAUUCAACAUUCCACUUUACAUAUUUCACAGGAUUUGGAGGGUUAUGCCAUUGACACUGAUUGCAAUGACGAUAAUGCUUUUGGUAGAGAAAUUUGGUUCUGGGCCUAUUUGGCAUGAAACAGUACACGAUUAUGUUCAAGACUGCUACGAUAAUUGGUGGAGUUCUCUAAUAUUCAUCAGCAAUUUCUACAAAACAGAGAAUAUGUGCCUACCCCACGCCUGGUAUAUAGCAUGCGAUGUCCAACUAUACAUGGCUUCUCUGAUUGUACUUUUACUACUUUUCAGAAACCCAAAACUAGGCAUAUUAGUUUCAUUCUUGGGUGUACUAGGAUGCAUAGCAUAUUCUGGCAUUGUAACCUAUGUCAGAAACUUACCUCCUACGAUGCUCACCGUGCAUCCUGAUCCAAGGUAUUACAAACGCUAUUGGGCAGAGUAUUAUUUUAAACCCUUUCCUCACAUGGGACCUUAUUUCAUCGGAAUCUUAGUUGGUUACUUCUUAGCAACAAACCCCAAAUUAAAAAUUCCAUGGGUUGUACAAAUUCUAGGCUGGAGUCUAGCGUCAACUUUCUGCAUUUCUACAUUAUAUGGAACAUAUAACUGGAAUCAAGGGAACGACUAUACUGUGCUGGAGACUGUGGCUUAUGCUAGCUUCAGUAAAGUAGCAUGGACAUUGGGUGUAGCGUGGGUAAUUGUGUGUUGUGUCAGUGGAUAUGGAGGCAUUGUAAACAGCUUUCUGUCAUGGAAAGUAUUCAUGCCUCUCGGACGUCUGUCGUUCGUUGUGUAUAUGUUGCAUCCGUUUGUACAACUUGUUUUUAUCGGAAAUAUUACUACAUCACUACAAACAGAUCAUUUUAUAGGAGUUUGGUUAUUCCUUGGUCAUCUUUUCAACACGUACGCUCUUGGUUUGGUUAUUUCCAUGCUAGUGGAGGCUCCUUUCUUGGCACUGGAAAAGAUCCUUUUUACCCAAUCAAGGAAUAAUAAUGAGAAAAAGGUUAAUGAUGAAAACCAAGGAACUCUUCAAGCAGAUAAAAAUAAAUCUAUAAAUACAAUAAUACCAACUUUUCUAAAAGAACCUAAGACAUUUGAUGAAGGUAUAAAUCAUUAUGAUGCAGGUAACAAUAUAGUGUACAAGCUAUAAAAUAUGAAGUGUACCUAAUAUUGAAUUAAAUAAACGUGUUGCAACUCCAAA